AGCACUUUUGGGAAUUUCCGAAAUGAAUUGUUCCAAUACAAUUGUUAAUUACUAAUUAGCGAAACAGAAACGAAGCUUAACCAAACAGCAGGCCACAAGAUGUUUUCAACCAUACAAAAACAAGCUGUGGCUCUCUAUCUAAAGAGUCUGAAAAACCAAAGAGAUAUUUUAACUCCUGUACUGUGCACAAUUAAUGAAGCUAUUGAAGAAUGCAACUCUUGCUUAACUCUCAGAGAUGGAAACCACAGGAGUUUUAUUGAAAUGAUGCAACAACUGGAACUAAUAAACAAAGAUAAUUUAUGCAAAUACUCAACAAUUUUAACAGAAAAUGAUUUUACUCAAGAAGAACAAAAGGAAACUAGUGGUUCCUCAACAACAGGCAUUGAAGACACUUCAACAAAUAAAAUACUGUGUUCAGUAUCAGUUAACGAUGAUGCAUCUGAACUACCUGGGUCUCUCCAAAGAAAAUGUCUUGAGUUAGAAGAGAGCGUUAGCUCAUUAAAUGACAGACUAACAAAUUUAGAAGUAAAGCUAAGCUCACAGAAUAAGAAGUCAAAACAGUGUAGACGAGAUCUGAAAGAGAUGGAGGAAAACAUCCAAAUGUUGAAUGAAAAGAUGAUGCGUCAAUCUGAUUGGACAACAACACUUUCUGAGAACAUUGAACAAAAUAUGAAUUUAUUCAAUGAAGUAAAGGAUUCAGUGAAUGGUACUUUGAAACAAAUGAAGCAUUCCAUAAAUGAAAUGAAGGAUACAACAACACACAGCAAUAAACAAAUAGAAGAAUUAUGGGAACAAGUUAAAAAUACUUCCAUAACAUCUAAUGAAACAGAUACAUCAGUAAAAGAUUUGUCUGAAAAACAGUUAAAACUUGAAUUUAAUUUGGAGACAUUGGAUCACAAGUACAUGAAUGUUGAUUUAAAGUGUGGAACCUUGUGUCAGCUAUUGGCAAAAAAAUUUAAAAUCUUGGAGACUGUAAAAGAAGUAAUGGGUACACUCUCAUUGUCCAGGGAUGAAAUUUUCAAUCAAUUACAAGAAAAUGCCUUAGCUGCCAAAAACAGUCCAACACCUGUUGCACUGUGUGUCACUUUACAAAAUAACCUUCCUGUUUGUGCAGGCGACAUUAUCACACAAUUUGAAGAUCCUGUGAGCAAUUCCGGCAAACACUUUAAUACAAAGGAAGGAAAAUUCAAAGUCCCAACUAGUGGACUUUAUGUCAUCUGUCUAACCAUUUCACUUAAAAAAAAGAACGUUGGUAGCGUUCGGGUUCAUGUCUGCUGCCAAUCACCUCGUAAAAGUUCAGCAACAGAGAGUAAAAUGGAGGAGGGUGACGAAUACUGUACAGUUGUAAUUGUUAACUGUUUUCAUUCAACUGCUACUGAUGUAACUGUUAUCGAAUUAGAUGCAGGUGAUGAACUGUAUUUGAAAGUUGUAAAAGUGAAAACAUGUGUACGACUGUCACAUUUCUCAAGCUUAACAAUUUUUAAGCUAUAACGUAUAGUGCCUUACUUUUAAAACAAUUUUGAAAUGAAAAUGUGUGACAAUUAUCCAAAUAUGUAACUUUAUUCAUGAAAAAACAUAGAAUUUUUUUUCGUUGACCAGUAUGUAAUCCAUCUAUCAUUUAUGAAAUGAAAUAAAAUUUCUUUUGACAAACAGGGCUUGCAAUGUACAAUUAUGCACAUGAUAAAAGUAUCGUAAUUUUACAUUAUUUUUUAACGUGUUCUGUAUGCUGAGAUCAGAGCAGAGCAAAA